AUGAGCGACGAACCCAACACGCGCCGAGGCAAGAAGAGCGACAAGGCGCGCCGCAACUUUGAGCUCAACGGCAAGUACAGCGCCAAGCACGUGCGCCAGAUGAGCGCCGUCACGCAGUCGUCCGACCAGCCAGCGACGCCGACGACGGCACCCGCAAAGAAGCGUCGAUACAGCAGUGCGUCCGUACUGCCUCUUUUCCUCUUGCCGGCACGCCACGUGUGA